AUGGCGUCAAAGACCUUCGAAUGGCGACCGGCAAAGUUGCUGCAGGACUAUAACAUAGGCCAGGAUUUCGCCCUUCUCAUUCUUAACCAGCCUUUGAAGAACGGCGUCAAUCUGCGCAAGCUCUGGAAGAACUCUUCUGUGAGAGUUGCUGCAGAUGGAGGUGCCAACAGACUGCACAAGCUAUCAUCCUUCCAUGGAAAAUACUCUAACCUUCAGCUUAUCAUUGGCGACCUCGAUUCCUUGACUCCAACGGUCCGCGAUUUCUACUCGUCGCAACCUUCCCCUGCGCAGAUCAUUCGCGACGCUGAUCAAGACUCGACCGAUUUCGCCAAAGCAGUCAACUGGAUCCGCAACGAACACCCUGACGGAAUUGACAUUGUUGCGCUUGGUGGUAUCGGCGGUCGCGUGGACCAAGGUCUCUCCCAGCUCCACCACCUGUACCUCUUCCAAACCGAUCCUGAAUACGCAAGCGGUCGCGUCUUCCUCCUGUCCGGCUCCAGUCUGACUUUCUUGCUCAAGCCCGGUACACAUCAGAUUCAGGUUCGCGAGGACGGUGAAGAGGACGCUUUUGGGAAGCACGUUGGUAUCAUUCCUCUCAAGGAGGCCGCCAACAUUACAACGAAGGGCUUCGAGUGGGAUGUCGAGGAUUGGCAUACCGAGAUUGGCGGCAAGUUGAGCACUAGCAAUCACAUCCUGCCCGAUUCUCAGGUCGUUACAGUGACAACAGAUAAGGAUGUUCUUUUCACAGUAGCACUCAGAGAAGGCGACGGCGAUGACGAGUAA